UCACACUGAUGCCCAUUAAAAUUAGUCGACGCAUCGACGCGCUGCUCGGUUUGAAUUUUUGUGCAAUAAAUGUAUUAAGAGCACUUAGCAGCCAUUGCCUGCAUCCAAACAAGCCCCACCUUGAAUUCAGAUCGCUUUAAUUUCUGCAACCGAGAGGAAGAAAGUCUGCAAUACGCUUUUUUGAAGAAAUGGAAAACGCUGAUGCGACUUCGCAGUCCGAUCCGCAAAUUGACUACAAGACUCCAAAGAAGACCAACUCGCUGAUCGACAGCGAGCAGUUGCUGGAUAAAAUAAAUAUCCUAACCACCAAACCAGAGAAUCACUCAAACAAUGCCAAGCUGCCGACGAUCAAAGACUUCGUCAUCAUAAAGCCGAUCAGCCGGGGUGCCUUUGGGAAGGUGUUUCUGGGCUACAAGAACAAGGAUUCGAACAAGCUGUAUGCCAUCAAGGUGAUGCGCAAGUCCGAGAUGAUCAACAAGAACAUGGUGUCCCAGGUGAUAACCGAACGCAAUGCCCUAGCACUCUCCCGGUCGCCGUUCUGCGUGAGUCUCUUCUAUUCGCUGCAGUCGCUCUCCUACGUGUACCUGGUCAUGGAGUACAUGGUGGGCGGCGAUCUCAAGUCACUGCUGGCCAUGUACGGCUACUUUGACGAGGCAACGGCCCGAUUCUAUGUGGCCGAGAUGGCCAUGGGACUGCAGUACCUGCACCAGCAUGGCAUCGUUCAUCGAGACAUCAAGCCGGACAACAUGUUGCUCUCGCACACGGGUCAUGUGAAGCUCACGGACUUUGGUCUGAGUAAAAUCGACAUGCGACGCGAUCUGGAGAUAUCCGAUCUGAUCAACUGUUCGCCCAACCUGAAUGCCCGGACACCAGGCCAACUCCUGUCCCUUACCUCACAUUUGUCCUUCGGCUCUGAGAAGAAGCUGCAGGAAUAUGGUUCUUCACUGACCGCCACCGGUGGCACGACCAUGGGCACGGGCACAUCCAAUUUGCUGCAGGCCAUCAACAAGCAUGGCCAUGAGGCCAUGGAGAUGUCCGAUAGUGAGGGCGAUACAUCACUGGCAGAAAAGACGAGCGACAGUAAAAUCUCAGGCGUCUCGCCGUUCUACUCCGCCGAGGUUAAUGAAUCGAUUACCCAUACAUGUACGGCUAUUACCAAUCCUCAGGACAGCAGUUCCUCAUGCUCCUUCCACACUUGCACCUCGGGUGAACUGAGCAAGUGCUCUCCACCACUGGACUCGGUUGCAGCUGGUGCGGUUGCAGACUCAGUGCCUAGCAAGCGGCGGGUGGAGUUUAUCCUGGAUCCGGUUACAUGUCAGGGCUGCAAAUUGGCCGAGCAGGACAACAACAAUGGGGCCAGCAAUGUCAAUGGCAAAGCCAAGUUGGAGAGCGCAAACGAGGCCUCGUUUGAGUUUUCCAUGGUGCGCAGGCGAUCGCUCGAUGAGCGCAACCGGAACAAAGGGCAGGAGGAUUCCGGCGUAUCAAGUCGAAAGGGAGACGACUACUCCGGUUGCCAUCUAAAUCAGAACAGCGAGAACAGUACUGCCUCCUCGAUUGAGAAGAACACGGAGAAUCUGAGCCAUUCAAAGGAGGACUACAGCUGCUCGGACUACUCGCGCAGCUACAACCUGACAAAUGGCAAUGAGAUGAGCGGAAUCCACAUGAAUUCCCCCUUUCGCAAUCUCUCCAAACACUUUAAGCGACCCGAUUUCCUGCGUGGCAUGAAGCGAAAAAUCAAUCUGGUGAAUCGGUCCAACAAUAUGUCCAGCAUGGACGCGGACGGCUCCAGUUCCGGGAACGGCAGCGCCAACACUGGCCUCACCCAGGAGAUCGAGAUACUCAACAUUGGCAGCAGUACGCCCAAGAAGCGAAAGGCUCGCUCCUCGCCCAUUCGUGGCGUACUCAAGGUACGCUCUUUGUCUGACGACGACAUGCCUAUGCAGCAUUUGCUCGGCCCUGAGGCGAACGUGGCCAAUGUGGUCUUCUCCACGCCUGUGUCAUCGCAAAAGCUGCCACGCCGGGACGGCGGACUGCUCGGCAAGCUGAAGGCCACACGCUUCGCUCUGCCCCUGUCCAUUGAGAACAAGAAGCGGGAGGAUACGGCCACCGAGAAAUUGUCGGGCGUUCAGUAUCACCUGAAGUUGGCCGACGAUCCGACAAUGUCACCCAUAAACCACGGAGUCGGGAAUUUGCCUAAGACCCCCAAAAACAUGAACAUCAAUACGCCCUUCCGCACCCCAAAGUCUGUGAGGCGGGGAGGACGCGUCUCCAACGAGCGUAUACUGGGCACACCCGACUAUCUGGCGCCAGAGCUGCUGCUGAAGCAUGGUCACGGCCCCGGCGUCGACUGGUGGGCGCUGGGCGUUUGCUUCUACGAGUUUAUGACCGGCAUUCCACCCUUCAACGACGAGACGCCCCAAAAAGUAUUUGACAACAUUCUUAACAAAAACAUUGAAUGGCCCGAAGGCGAAGAGGCCUUGUCCGUCGAUGCAAUGGAGGCUGUGGAGCUGCUAUUAACAAUGGACCCCGCCGAGCGACCUGCCGCCAAAGAAGUUCAGCAAAUGCGGCACUUUGCGUGCAUUGACUGGGAGAACAUUGGGAAUAUGGAGCCGCCGUUUGUGCCCACGCCCGACAAUCCCACCGACACGGGCUAUUUCGAUGCCCGCAACAAUCUGCAGCAUCUGCAGCUGUCCAACUUUGCUGUGGAAGACUGAAUCGUCUCUAACCGGAGCCCCGGCUGCCUCUGGUUCCCCUUAAACCCGCGCAUGCUUGUCGCAGUAGUCCACCCAUAAAUGUUAUUUAUAUUAUGUUGUCUGUAUAGCAAUAUGUGUUCGUUUGUUAUCGUUCGUUCGUUCGACUAGGUGUACGUUUUAUAUAUAUACAAAUUCAAUUAUGUUCAUCUGUUGCUCUAGUGAUUGUUCACGAUGAUAUUGUAACUACGCUUAAACAAAUGGCUUCAAGUAUACACACACCCUCGAGAAAGAUAGAUUUGGUAUUGGAUAUCCAUACGGAGCAUUCGUAAUGCAAAAAUCAAUCACUUUAUGUGUCCUAAGUCUAGUUAUACAUAUAUAUAAUAAUAAAA